AUGAUACGUGGGAAUUGGAGUCUUCAAGAAGAGAUUAAACAGAAUGAAAGAAAACGACAGUUGAAAAUACAACAGCGACAGAAACUCAAGUUUAAGCUAGAGAAGCUACAACAAUGUGAUCCAAUAAAGUUAUACCAUAAAAUUGAAAAUCUUGAAAAAAGGUCAAAUUUAUCGGAGAAGGAGACAAGCUAUUUAAAGUUAUUGAAGGAAGAUUGGGCUUUUAUAGAGAAAAAUAAGCUACAUGAAGGUAAAAUCAAGAGCUUUUUGAAGGAUAAGGAUCAGCAUGAGAAACUGAUACGAAAACGAGAGUCAAAAUUAUGGGGAGUAAAAUCAGUCUAUUUCAAUCCUGAGUUAAACCCAUUGGGAAAAGUCCCCCGGAUUGAGUGUCUUGACUGCGAGGUGCAGAUAGAGUUAAAAAACUGGACUGUACCUUUACAUAGCAAGCGUAAGAAAUACGAUGUAGACCCGUUGAUAAAAGAAUUGAAUGUAAAAGUGCCGAAAGGUGAACCUCCAAAGUUCUACAAGCUUAUUCAGAAUACUGAAAAGUUGAGGCCUCUAAGCAGCCAAAAGCUGAAAGAGCAAGCUAGCAAUAUUUACAUAGAGAGCCAUAAAAGAGAAGGGUCAAGUGACAGUAAAGAAAAAGAAAAAGAAGAAGAAGAAGAAGAAGAUGAUGAACAACUAUCAGCGACAGAGUCUUUAGAAAUGCAACUCUCCAAAACACCAACAAAGUUCUAUGUAGCUAGUUAG